AUUCGCCGGAAAAUGGCGUACGGGAAGAGAGUCGUCACACUUUUUAGUCGGCGAUGUCAUCGGGAUUCGGGGAAAAUUUAUGCUUUUAACACAAACAGGAUUAUUUGUUUAUGUAGUACAUUACCUACAAGAUAUCCUCGCAAGUCGCCAGCGUCAUCUAUUCAGUAUGCACAAACACAGACAUUUUUCUCCAGUCCCAUACAAAACCCAUUCAAGAAUAAAAAGAAGGAAUAUUCAGAAAGAAAAAUAUUACGGUAUUCUAUGGAAGAGAUGUACGAUGUUGUAUCAGCAGUAGAACACUAUAAAGAGUUUGUACCGUGGUGUCUGAAAUCAGAUAUUGUAUCUAGGAAAGCGGGUAGUAUGAAAGUUCAACUUGAGAUUGGAUUCCCACCAUUAAUAGAACGAUACACAUCUGUAGUGACUCUAGCAAAGCCACACAUGGUCAAGGCUGUGUGUACGGAUGGUACAUUGUUUAACCAUUUAGUGACAAUAUGGAGGUUUAGGCCAGGACUACCAGGACAACCAAAUACUUGUACACUAGAUUUUCAGGUAUCAUUUGAAUUCCGCAGUGCUCUACACUCUCAAUUGUCACACAUAUUCUUUGAUGAAGUCGUUAAGAAGAAUGUUGGAGCAUUUUUAAAGCGGGCAAAGCUUAUAUACGGAGCUCAUACGGGGAAAACAGCAUACGUGACAAGCUGAAGGAUACUGCAGUUAUGA